AUGCAAGAAUUAUACAAAGCUGGCAUCAAGGAUACGCGUCUGAAAGCACCUACGGUGAAGCGAUGGAAUGAUGUGAGUGAGCGCCGACGACGUUUGAUUGAGCAGGCUUGUACUACUGGUAACCGACAAUCAGUCGCAGAACACCUUACAAAGUCAUCCGUUUCGCGAACACGGCGCAACACACAUGGUCGUCGUGGAACGGUUCUCUCUGUUCUGCAUGUAGCCCAAGGCAUUGAUGCUCUAAGCUACCAAUCGUCCGAAGGUGGUGGACAUUCAAUGGCGAGUUCAUUAAUCAGCGGAAAAUCUUCUCGACCGAGAAGCAUGGUUUUUGAAAGCAUGCGUUCAUCGAACGAGGUGGAAAUAGGACAAGAAGUCGGUGUAGAGUCGGCACUUCCUGUACCGGAUACCGACCCUGUCUUCCCAUCUCCUAAAGGUCUGACACAGGAUGUCACCCCGAUUGCAUCUGGCAAAUAUAAUAACCAUUCACCUGCGGAAUCUGGCUCACGGUACAGUGCUUCCUAUCAUCACGUCAGAUCGAAAUCCAAGACAACCGUCCCUUCACAAAGUCCGAUUCGUUUCGGAAUCCAACAGAUGCCGGACUCCGGGGAGAAAUAUGUCCUGAUCACGGACCGAUUCAGUCCAACCACUCUGUCCAACGCGUGCUCACUGAAUGAGCUGUCCACUGGGAGUGCUUCCAGAGUUACUAGAGCACUUUCAAACGAUCUCCGUCAUCCGAAAAGCAAAGCGCCUGAGGACCAUCGUGGUUUUAGUCUUGCCCCACCCCUGUCCACCCCAGCUCUCUCGACCAAGGAGCACAGUCCUGGUCCCACAUCUUUACCGCCUCGUUCACACACCGCCAGUCCUCGUGUGUCAGUAGCUCCACAACGUCCCGAGCAAUCUCCCGUGGUACAUCAUCUACAAAACGCCUUGUUGGAAAAUCAAGCAUUGAUCGACUCAUUAACCAGUGAUGAUCGAAUGGAUGUCUCUUCGGAUUUCGGUUCACAUGACUUGGUGCAUUCCAACAAAGACUUUUAUCAGCUCACUUCUCAGUCCGAAGAAGAUUUCGUCAGUGACUCCGAUCCGGCAGAGACAGAUCCCGGUGCGUGUCCUUCAACUGCGCGUGCAGACAGCACGACACGCAAAUCGGUCACGGGUGUUUCGGCCACCAAAUCCAAACACACGGUAUCCAUUCAACCGAUCUCGUCUGCGCCCUCGCACAGGACUCCAUCGAGCACUGUGACCGCAAUCAUGCCUGGAGACGUUACUACUUCCGGUGACCUGUGA